UUUGUCGCUGACUGCUGACCUGAUGGGGAAGAAACACAACAUGAGUUCGAGUUCAGGUUUGGUGAAAAUCAUCGGGUUGACAGAAAAAUUUUCAUUUAAUCCAAAAGAGGGAAUAGACAACCCUGUGAUGGUCAUCACAGAUGAUGCAGACUCUGCGCCGCCACCGAGUCCUCGUCUCUGUGUCCUAAAACGAGAGGAAGGGGAAUCCUACGGAUUUCAUUUGAGAGCGGAGAGGGGGCGUCAUGGUCACAUCAUCAGAAAUGUGGUCCCAGUUGGAGUGGCUGGGUACAGUGGCCUUCAAGAUGGAGACCGGCUUCUGGAAGUCAACAACUGCUAUGUUGAUGAUCUACCCCAUCCUGAGGUGUCCAGGAAGAUAAAGCUAAGUGGACACCACUUGUGUUUAUUAGUGUUCAAUGAGGAGGCGUAUGAGCAGGCUGUGUCACAAGGCCAAGACCUCAGAGAUCUGGCCAGAGCUCACAUGGGCAAAUACACCAAACCACCAAGACUUUGCCACAUCACCAGACAUCCUGUCUCAGGACUGGGCAUCAGCUUCACACCUGUGGAAGGAGAAAAAGGCCACUUCUCUGUGAGUCUGGUGACAGGAGGCGCAGCUGAGGAUGCAGGAGUGUGUAAGGGAGAUCGCCUGGUAUGGAUGAACGGAGCAAAAGUGUCUGACCUUUCACCCUCUGCACUCAACAGGAUGAUGAAGAAAUGUGGCAAUCACAUCACCAUCUUAGUGAUUGACAGUGAGAGUGAGAAGAACUACCUGCAACACAAGAUGCCAAUUCUACCCAGCAUGGCUGUUCCACACAAGCUGCCUUUUAUGGCCAGAAAACUCCACCUGGUCUCUGGGCCUGAUGGCUAUGGCUUCCUCCUUCGUCUGGAGAGGACACAAUCAAGACGCACACACCACGUUCUGCAUAAAAUGGACAGAGACAGUUCAGCAGAACGGGCAGGUAUGCAGGAUGGAGACCUGCUGCUGGAGAUUAAUGGAGAGUCAGCGGAGACACUGACCCAUGAAGACAUUGUGAAUAGAGUGAAACACAGUGGACAACAGGUUUCCCUCACCACCAUCACUUCCCAGGGCCUGGAGUUUUACACACAGUUUGGUCUGUCACCUCUUCUCUUCUGUGAGGACACUGCCACUGACAAAGUAAAAGAGAGCAGAGGAGCAGGUUCUGAAGAAGAGACGUCUUCCCAGAGGGAAACAGAUGGCUCAUGUAAACCCAGACUCUGUUCUCUUUGCAAAGGACCUUUGGGGUUUGGCUUCAAUCUAGGUGGUGUCCCACAGAGUCCUGGGACCUUUGUCAGCCAGGUGGCUUUUGGUGGCUCGGGGCAGAGUACAGGACUGCUUGUGGGAGACGUGGUGGUAGAAGUGAAUGGCCAAAAUGUGGAGGAUAAAUAUCUAGAAGAUGUUAUUAUGCUUGUAAAAGAAGGAGGACAUUUUCUUUCCUUAUCAGUCAUGGAUAAGAUAAGCUAUCACAAGAUGAAGCAGACUGACUCCAGAGAUGUCACUGAGCAGGAGGAAGAAGACGACAAUGAACGGUCAUCUUUGUGACCAACCAAGAUACAUCAUUCUGAAGGUUUUCCAACCUCGACUAGAAACAUUUAAGAUUAUCACAUUAUCACAGGGUUUCACAAAAGAAAACCAAAAGACGAAACAGAACAAAUAUAACAGUCAGUACACAGAGAAGUUAAGCAUUUGUCUGAGUCAGCAUCUGUCUUAUGUCGUCUUAGUCACAUGGAAUGCAGAAUAAAUGAAUUGCAGAACUAUAAUCUCAAUCUGUUUAAUACAAAUAACUUGCUGUGUGAACAGAAAUGCAAUGGGAAUGUUUUCUUUUUGUUAAAAAAUUGAUAUUCUGUAUGAGUAAUCUGCUGUCCUUUGGAGAAGGAACAUGUAAAGUAUACAGGAUAAAUGUAUUUUAUUGGGUAUGUGUUUUAAGUACAUGAUACAAAUGAAAUAAAUGUUUGCUCUUGAUUACAAAUAUGAA